AUGUCGUCAGGACAUAAUACUAAGUCAUUCGAACAUGAUUCCAUGUCAAUGAGAAAAGAUCACUAUCGCCAGCCACUGCACCAGGACCCAAGGCCACUAUGCACACCAGACCUGACGCUCAUAUCUACUCCUCAGGCGACGCCCGCCACUACAGCAGGACCCACGGCUACUUGCACACCAAAUCUGACGUUUAUGUCUACCCCUCAGGCGUCGCCCGCCACUACACCAGGGCCCACGUCCACUUGCACACCAGACCUGACCCUCAUGUCUACUCCUCAGGCAAUGACCGUCACAACAACGGGGCCCACGUCCUUGCACACCAGACCUGACUACUUCUCGGGCGUCGCCCGCCACUACACCAGGACCCACGGCCACUUGCGCACCAGACCUGUCGCCCAUGUCCACUCCUCGUUCUUUGCCGCCACUACACCAGGACCCACGGCCACUUGCACACCAGACCUGACACCCAUGUCUUCUCCUCGUUCUUCGCCCACCACUACAUCAGGACCUACGACCACUUGCACACCAGACCUGACGCUCAUGUCUACUCCUCAGGCGACGCCCGCCACUACAGCAGGACCCACGGUCAAUUGCACACCAGACCUGACGCUCAUGUCUACUCCUCAGGCGACGCCCGCCACUACAGCAGGACCCACGGCCAAUUGCACACCAGACCUGACUCUCAUGUCUAUUCCUCAUGAGACGCCCGCCACUACAUCAGGACCUACGACCACUUGCACACCAGACCUGACGCUCAUGUCUACUCCUCAUACGUCGCCCGCCACUACAGCAGACCCUACGACCACUUGCAAACCAGACCUGACGCUCAUGUCUUCUCCUCAGGCGUCGCCCGCCACUACACAAGGACCCACGGCCACUUGCACACCAGACCUGUCGGCCAUGUCCACUCUUCGUUCUUCGCCCGACACUACAGCAGGACCCAAGGCCACUUCUACAACAGACCUGACGCAAAUGUCUACUCCUCAAGAGUUGCUCGCCACUAAAGCAGGACCCACGGCAAAUUGCACAUCAGACCUGACGCCAAUGUCUACUCCUCGGGCGACGCCCGUCACUACAGUAAGACCUAAGACCACUUGUCCACAAGACCUGACGCUCAUGUCUACUCCUCAGGCGACGCCCGUCACUACAGUAGGACCUACGACCACUUGUCCACCAGACCUGACGCUCAUGUCUACUCCUCAGGCGACGCCCGUCACAACAGCAGGACCCACGGCCACUUGUACACCAGAUCUGACGCUCAUGCGUCGCCCGACACUACAGCAGGACCCAAGGCCACUUGCACACCGACUUGACGCUCAUGUCUACUCCUCGGGCGUCGCCCGCCACUACACCAGGACCCACGGCCACUUGCACACCAGACCUGUCGCCCAUGUCCACUCCUCGGUCUUCGCCCGCCACUACAGCAGGACCCACGGCCACUUGCACACCAGACCUGACGCUCAUAGCUACUCUCAGGCGACGCCCGCCACUACAGCAGGACCCACGGCUACUUGCACACCAAACCUGAUGUUCAUGUCUACCCCUCAGGCGUCGCCCGCCACUACACCAGGGCCAACGUCCACUUGUACACCAGACCUGACGCUCAUGUCUACUCCUCAGGUGUCGCCCGCCACUACACCAGGACCCAAGGCCACUUGCACACCAGACCUGACGCUCAUAUCUACUCCUCAGGCGACGCCCGCCACUACAGCAGGACCCACGGCCACUUGCACACCAGACCUGACGCUCAUAUGCUAA